CGUACCAAUGUUUCCUCGACACUUUAUUCACGGUGCGGCAGAAGGAUUCCGUGUGGAUGGUGAUAAGUGAGUGCGGCGGUGACAUUUCGUUUGCCCGCAGCCACUCCAGAGGGCUUUCUCUUAACUUGAUCACCUGCCAAAAAAUUGUGGGUACUUAGAUGCAUGUUCGGAGCGGAGAAAUGUAAUUUCAGGCCUGGUGGGGUGUCCCUGCCCCUCAUGCCCAAGCGGCUCGAACAGAGGAUGGACCAAAAAUUUCAUCAGUGCGUCUCGUGCUGAAGAAAUGUAACGAAUUUACCCACGAAACUAGUACAGACUUCGAAGGCUGCCAAGGCAGCAUAGGUGGUUUCAUUAUUUAGCAUCCCUACUCAGACCAUUAUGAGCCGAGCCAUCAAUGGCGAGUGGCCUUACAGAAACUCCCGGAAAUGUUGCUCUUGGAUGGAGCCCCGCACCCGAGAAGUGCCAGUACUGUAAUAAAGGUGCUACCCGCGAGGGUAACUUGUGUACAAGAUGUACCACGCCCUUGACGGAGUUCGAGCAACUCGAUGUUGCUACGACGACCCUGGACAGCGAGUCUCAGCAGCCCGAGGUUGGUUCGACAGUCCUAGAAUAUUGGAAGUUUUUCAAGGAGCAUGGGUAUCUCUACAUAGAGGACUACAUAAUCGGAAGCUUUGUGGAUGAGAUAGACAAGGCAAGCCUUGCAAACGAGCCGGAAGCCUAUCACCGCCUGAAACCGAGGUUAAACGAAUACCCAUGGGUGAAGCACAUCCUCGAAACAUGCCAACCCGAGCCGUAUCAAUCGUCGACCUUUGGAAGGCUGCCAAAUUCGGAGUACUACGCCUUCGAUGGACGACCAGGGUCAGGCGUGGUGCUCGCGGCAUUGAUCAACGGUUCGGUAUGGAACAUUUGGGACUCAUCUCAUAAGGAUAAAACGAAGUUCUGGGGUGACGCAACAGGUGUGGUUCGAUUCCACGAAGAAGAUGUGGGCGGUACAAAAGUCCAGGUUAAAUUGAAAGAUGGCGGGUUGUAGGUCGGUUACCCUCCUGAUCCGACUCGAACGCUCAAUUAACCAAUUCUAGUAUCUUAAUAAGCCCAUCCUCCCGACUGCAAAUGAUCCGUGGAUUCUCGACCGUACAAAUGUUUGGACCCCUAGCCCUAGUCUCCGAAAUGCCCGAAGAAACCACCUCCGGGCGGCACAGUGACGCCUUCGAAGAGAAGAUAUGACGACAUAUGUCCUGAAGGGACUGAUCCGGUUCCCUGAUAGAUGUUCUGACCAUAGCUGCCUGGAACCCUGGCCGGCAGGGGUUCUGGCUGGCCGAGUGAUCUGCCAGCAGACAGGAUCCUGCGAUUCUACCGGCACGGUGGGGUUCUGGCUGGCCGAGCGAUCUGCCAGCAGACAGGAUCCUGCGAAUCUAGGGUACGGUGGGGUUCUGGCUGGC